GACAUAAACUACUGCCCGUGGCUGGUACGCGAGAGCAGUGGAGGUGAAGCGGAGUGUCUUCAUGUCUCAGCAUCAGAGCUGUGUUGCGAGAAACCGCAGAGAGGAGGCUCACAGUAAGCUCAGUUAUCUUCCGUCUUUACUCGAGUUUAAGCAGACAGAGCGGGAGUAUCAUUUUUCAGCUGGAGAAGGACUUUUAUUUGUUUAACCAGACACAUUAACAUGUUGCUGUGUUCACUGUGUGAACGGGGGAGAGACCUGCCUUAGAAUAAAGUCUGCACCAGCUGAAGAAGUUCAUUGAGAGAGAAGGAAAGGUAUGAUACAACUUUUAAAAUACGUUUCAAAGCAACUUUAUUGACAGCAGUCCUCCGAGGGCAAGAUAUUCACUUAUAUGACUGCCCACUUCUCUUCCUCUUUUUCCCUGUCUUUAUUUCCUCCUUUCUGAUCAUCUUCAUGGGUCGUCAAGUUAAACUUUUUAAGUUUGUGAUCAAAAAGUGCCUUUUUAAAAUAGUGCACAUGUCUAAAAGCAAACAUAAUUAUGACUUGUAUCCUCUUUAAACCGUUUUAACCUACUGUGCAGGCUGCUCACAUAGAUCUGUAACAAGCACUGAUUAAUUCUGACAUUUUAAUGCGACAUACCUGCAUUUUAGUGCUGUCUUAUGUGCUCAUUUGUUCCUGGGCUUGAUGUUUUUACUCUCUUCUCCAAGAGGAAGUGGUUUUCAAGAGUGUUGUUGGUGUUACAGGGGAAGGUUAUAACAGGUUAAAACUGUCUUCCACAAUUUCAAGUCUUCAGGAACUUUAUAAAUAGUAUUUGCUUGUUUAUUUUCCUUUUGUCCAUAAAAUAAGAAUCAAGCCUAAAUCAAAUAUAGACACCGAUGCGCCACUGAGAUGUGGUAUACAUGAGAAAAUUGAUCGGCCAUGCUCUAUGUUUUAUAUAAUUUAACUACAAUAAAGCAAGUAAGCAAAAGGUCAAAUUAAAUCACAGCUUCUAGCUGACCAAAAACUAUGAGCCAAACCAGAUGAAUGCUACUCCUCAUCAGUAUUUAGGGUAACUUGUGACAAAGUUAUCGGGACUAUUUUUUGCUGUAACAAAAAUGCACACAUUCUGCUAUUUAAGUAAUUUUUUUAUAUUGUUAGUUUUUUCUCAAGAAUGAUCUGUUCUUUAAAAUCCACAUAUUUCUUUUAAUCAGCAUGAAAGGUUUAAGAUUUUGCACCAUUAUUGUUUCCCUCAUGGCACCUACCUGCCUAACAGGUAGGUGCCAACUAGCAGAGGGUAAAUCUACAGUGCCAACAAUUAUCGGCUAAUUUAGCAAUUGGUUGAGUGAAUAUAUAGUGUUAUUUUUGUUAAAAUAUUAAUAUUAUUUUGAGUUUUUGUGUACAAAGGACAGAAACAACAUUAUCGUGGAAUAUAAGCUAAGUUAUGAGGCCCAAAGCACAAGCCAGUCAUAGCUCUGCAAUGCUGGUGUUGAGGCCCAUCAAGGAGGAGAAAGCUAUCAUUGCUGCUGCAACUCUGGCAAUAGAAAUGGCAAUGGACAUUUUAUACUUCAACCAAAACUGCCACUCAGAAAGACAUGGUUAAGUUUAUGGCUGGCUAUCUAGUGGAGCAGAUGCCACUGGUAUCAAAGCUACAGUCUCCAUCUUUCACUCCAUUUGGAUAAUAUUACCAUAUGUGUAACAAGUGGGUUGUUCAGAGGUGGGCUUUUUUUGGGGAGACUGAAAAAGUACAUGUGUCAUUAAUUAGUGAGGCCAUGUGUUGGCAAGAAUCUGGGCAUAUGAUAUAUGUCCAUAUACCAAGAAUUACGAUGCAUUAAUUUGUGAUAUAGUGGGGUAUUAUUGGUGGGCAGUUGCAGUUAUGUCCCUGAAAAUAUUAGGAACGUACAAUGUUACAUGCACUAACAAAUUUAAUUUAUUUUCAUAAUUUUACCAAAGAGUGUUUGGGCAGUAUAGUGCUCUAAUACUUUUAUCGUUUUUCUCAGUAACACUUGGAGAACGCAGAUCUUUGUAUAUGGAAUAAAGUAUUGAAUGUAUUAUUUUGGUUGCACAAGUUAGGGUUAAUACUUAAAAACCUUUAUGUCCAAUAUUAGGAACUUAUAGGUUCUGUGGGGAUUUUUCAAACAUAUAUAAGAGAGACUUAAAUCAUAUUAAUGCCUUUUUAUAACAUUGACCCAAACUGAAAAGUUACUCACAGGAGCUUCCAUUUCCUGGUAACUCUACAAGGGUUUUCAUCUUAUAGCGGGAAAAUAUUUGCAUCAGUAUCAUCACCUAAAUAAAAAUGGCUUUCAGAGUUUAUGACCUGCAUUCAGCCAAUGUCACUGCUCCUCAUCUAUCUGCAUAUCAGCAACCCACACUCAAACUUGCACACAGAUGCCUACACACAUGAAUGCUCCUCUGUUUACUGCACUAAAACUGUGGUUUAUAGCUCAAGACUUUAUGACAGGGCUACUUGGUGAUAGCUCAGUUUGUUUUCCAUGGCCCAGUGACAGGCUGGAUUAUUUAUUUUUCAAGAGAUGGACACACACUCUUUUAAACUUGGUAUGUUUUAAGCCAGGUGAUUUGUUCAGAAAGUCAUUCAAAUCAGUGUUUCAGUAGCUGGGAUACCACGCUGGGCAUGACUUGGCGUAUCAACACAGCUUCAAAAAAGUGACGAAUUAAUACAUCAUGACUGAUCGAUAGUUUGUUAUCUCUUACAAUGUUUGGGGCUUCCAGAAAGCCUUCAGAGAGGCUUUGGAGAGACAGCAGCUAUAACAAAGCAUUUUAGACUUAGAAUUAAAAAAAUAUUUUAAUACACCAGAGUGAGAAAUUUGAGGCUAUCAGACAUAUCAGAGCGGAAGUACAGAGCCUAAAAUUGAAUAAUACCCCCUUUAAAGAUCCAAUGAGGAAGUCUCAGUUUGUAUUGAUUUUGGUACCUUUGUCAACAAAAUGGUGCUGAUGGUCAUGUUUGCUUUUCACUUUUUAUUUAAGUUUAUUUCAUAACCAGUGAAAAACUACAUACAGAAGCUUUAACUGUCUUUUUCUUUGAAGUGCCUCAGUUAUAUAAAUAUAUACAGUGAAGUAGUAAAACUUAGCUUAACUUCCAGAUACUGCAGUAAAAGCCACGUAUACUACACUGGAAAACCCACAUUAGCUGUAAUAGUCUGAGGGUUAUAUGGUUAUAUGGAUAUAUAAAGGAGUUCUUUGUUAUUAUUAUUCAUUUUUUCUUUACGUCUACAAUCUGAUACUUCCUCAAGUACUGAUUAAUGCUGUCAAGGUUAAACUUAGAGAACAACAGUAUGAUAAAAAAAACCUUUCUGUGCACUGACUCAUGACGGAUAAACACACACACACCCAUACACACACACACACUUACAGCAGGUGCAUAAAGAGGAAAAAAGUUCAACUGUAGUGAACACACUGACAUUAAUGCAACAGUGCAAGCAACACUUCAGUGCACAACUGAAACUGUUGAUACAUGUAAGGGAUUUUCAGUAGGGUAGUAGCAAAGAUGCUGUCCUUCCUUAUAAGCAGAACAUGUGCAGAAUGCAGGGCCUCAUUAUUUUACCAUACAGUCACCAGGCUGUUUCCUGGCCUGCAAUAAAAGUUACUAAAACACUGAACACAGAUUUUAAUUGAGUAUCACAUAGGUAUUUGGUCACCUGAGUAAAUUUGGGGGUCCAUCUUAGUAUCAAACAAACCUGAUCUCAAGUUUUGCCAUCCAAAAAAGUGUUUUGAACUAUAAAAUACACAUCUAACAUCCAACUUACUUUUCCUCAGACUAAUCAAGGCACGCAUAUUCAAAAAUGUCAGUGUGAUUUGUGUUUAUAAUGCAAAAAAAAUAGAAGUAAGCCUCUCAUGUUGGUAUCUUUGCUUUAAAUGUACAUCUUCUACUAUGGCAAGCGCAGUAUUUUGAUGUUCUAUAUUGACAGAGAAAACAAAAUCUGACAUUUUGAUGUGUCAAUUUUGACGCAGAGUAGAUAGUUAUUCGACAAAACAGUGAAUCCUGAUAAUAAAAUCUGUAAAAUAGUAAUUUAAAAAGAGUUUUAAACUGAAAUUCUUUAAUUUGUCAUGAAAGAUAGUAAAUUAGAUGUAUUCUUUUUUUUUUUUUGAUGGACAAAAUGUAAUGCUUGUUAAAAAAAAAAAACAUUUUUUUUAAUUUUAAUGUAAAGAAAAUAAACACCAUGAUUAAAGUUUUUUGCGUAUUGACCCAUAAUGUUGAAAAAGCUAGUCCUCCUGUUUUGGUCUUUGGUCUUUCAAUGCUGUUAGAUCAAAAAAACCAUAUGCAAGUGUUGUGCUGCUGAUUCAGUGGACCAGUUUGCUGUCAGCUCUGUGGUGGGUAAUUAUAACUACAGGAACACCUGCCAGAGCUUCUAGAAAGUACAAGAAGUGCGGCAGAGCUUACACUUUUAAUUUGAAGCCAAACCCUUGCACUCAGACAAAUGUUGCAAAAAUCUGUUGCUGUAAUGCUUUCAGAGCCUCACAUCAUUGUGGAGACUGAAGUACUAACUGUCAUAAGAACUGGGGGUGUAAAAUUUUAGUACCUGAGUCCUGUUUUGCUUCAAACAUUAAAAAUAAGAAUUGAACGACUAAAAAUAUCAUAACAUUCCAGCUCUGUCUUAACUGUCUGUAAAAUGCAACCAAACACCGACUUUUGAUUUAACAUUAAUGUCAAUAACUCCCUUCAGAGCAGUUUUUUUUCCAGUUCUGUCAUUGGAUCCCCAUUCUGCUUAGAUUUUUAACCAAUCAACAGUCCUUGUGUUUCUGUAACUAUAGACUGUUAAAUUGUUUAAUUUUCACUUUACAGCUGUAAACUUUACAGUUAAAAAUGACGUGGAGAAAAGUCCCCACAGUCUUACUGGAAAAGCUCCAAAUGUACUUGAUUUCCCCUUUAUCUAUUUCUGUAUUUUAACACACAGUCAGCAGAUAAGACUGAUGUAAUAUCACGGCUUUUUAUGAUAAAACUAUUCAGAGAACAGAAAGUAUGACAUUUCUAACCCCCCUCAAACUGUCUGGUUUGAUUUAUGUAAGAUGAUGCACUAGUUAUCCAAGUGUUUCAACAGUUUCACUGACAUUAAGCUAACUGUUUUACCAUUCAUGGUUUUAAGCUAACAAUUUGAGUCAUUUUCCUCACGUAUAAGUCUUUUUUUUUUUUCAAGUCUAUGAUAACUUGCAACUGUUUGAGUUUUUUAUUGUUUGAACAAACUCAUGGUAACUGCAAUGUAUCCAUGACUUUAAGCUCUUUUGUUUGUUUAUGACUUUGAGACAAUCUCUCUACCUCUUAAAGCUGACUUUCGGCUACCUGCUGUUACCCUAAUCAAUGACUUUUAGCUGUCUGCAUCAAUCUUUCUAGAGAAAGCGGACUGAAUGGUUGGCUGCACAGGCUCCUUGCUCCGCUUGGGGUUUGUAACCUUUUGCAUUGCGCGUGCUCUGCUGCGUGGCACUGCAUCAGUGCUGUCGGCUUCACGUGUUAAAGUGCUAUGGUUGCGUGUAGCUGCAGCCUGCUAUUACACAGUUGUUUGCUACUUGGUUCUAAUUCAGUACAUAAUUGGUUCAGCGUGAAGCAGACCUGGAUCAACUCCCCUUUUCAUUGGCUAUUCGUAUAGUCUACCAAAACAUGGCAGAAUGCCGACUAUCGAAGAGCAUGUUGACCAUGUUUUAUAUCGAUAUUGAGGGAAAUUAAUUUUCGACAUGUAUUGUUAUCGUUUCAUCGUCCAGCCCUACUUGUGCCGUUUUUCAUUACUUUUAUCUUAUUCCUGCUGCUUUUAGAUAACUUCUGCAACUUUUCAUGCCUUUUUGCUAACUUAUGCUACCUUUUAUGACUUUUAGAUGACCUCUGCUUUUCAUUUCAUUUAGAUAACUUCUGUCAACUUUUAUACACAAUUGAAGCUUAAUGCUGUCAAUGACUUGAAAUAAACUGCUGUCUUUUUUCUGUUAGCUGACUGCUGCUACAUUUCAUCAAUAACUAUUAGCAUACUAUAGGUACCUUUUGUAUACUUAGUCAAAUGCUAUGUUGUUGUUUGCUAACUGCUGCUACGUGCUUGCUAUGCCUUUCAGUCUUCUUUUAGCCAACUGUUCGGUUUAUUAGUUGCUGGCUGAAUUUUUUUGCGUGGCUUCGUUUUGUGCUCUUGAACUGUAUUGUGUAGGGUUGGGUAUCGAGAAUCGAGAAUCGAUGGGAAUCAAGACUAAAACUUCGAUUCUUCUGGUAUCGUUCAAAUAUUAAAAUUUCGAUUCCAAAUUUCGAUGCCGGAGUCCGCCGACCGGAAGAAAGAGCCGCCGAAAAUCAACGAAGAAGAAGCCGCUUAACACCAACGAGGACGGAGCGUAUGAGACGAAGCCACACAGAAAGUGAAGAGAGACAGAGAGAGAAAUUACAUUGCAACCCACAGCAAUGCAGCCGCUGUGGGUUACAAUGUAAUCUCUCUUUGUCUCUCUUCACUUUCUGUGUGGCUUCGUCUCAUACGCUCCGUCCUCGUUGGUGUUCGGCAGCUUCUUCUUCGUUGGUCAAAAGUUUGGCUAACUUUAGCAGGAAGAAUGAGCUCUUAUCUCAAUGCAACAUUAGCAAUACAGUUAUAUCAUGCAAAGGAGGGUAAACGACCAACAUGAUUAAACACCUCAGGAUUCAUGGAGGAGAAAUACCCGAGUGCUCGUCUUUGACGCGCUUCGCCGGUGUUAUGCCAUAGAAUGCACCCCUGCUGUUGAAUGCACCCCUGACGGGAGCGCGGUUGAAAGUACACAACAAGGCGAAACAAUCCAAGUUUUUCUUACCGUUGAACGGAAUCUAAAGCGUGUGCCUUUAAUGAUUUCAUUCAGGCUAUUCAGAUAAGCCGAAAACAACAGCCCUCUGACUCUGAAUAUUUACUGUCCGGAAAAUAUAAUGUUCUCUACAUUAACAGCUUACUGUACAGUUUAUAUACCCAAGUACACCUCUAUGUGUGCGUUUCUGAGACACAGAAAAACAAAACGAAAGUUUACUGCUCCAUCUGACAUGUUUUCAUGAUCUAAUACUCGUGUUUUUUUUAAAUAUGAGAUCAUUGUCUUCCACUUUAAGACGCUAAUCAGUGGAGGGGAGACAUUCUACGGCAGGGGUGCAUUCUACAGCACAACACCUGUCUUCCGCUAACCAGUCAGGAUCAGAUAAGUGAAACAAUAAAUUACUUCUGUCCUCUGCUAACUUUGAAGCGGUAAACAAAUUGCACUGAGUACGGUGGGUCAACUUAAAUAUCCAACUAACGUUAGCCCUUGUGCUUUUUCAUAGACAAACGACCUGACAACAAAAAAUGAUAUUUAUAUACUGAUUGAAAAUAGCCCUGUGAGAAAUUCAUAGUAAAGUUCCUAAAAAGUUAAUAUGAUUUAAAAAUUCAUGGAGAAGUUCAGAAAUUACAUCCAAAAAGAAGAGCUCCGGUUAGCGCCCUCAUUCAAACCAUGCUUUUUUUUUAAUGAUAUCCUGCCUUUUAAAAGAAUCGAAAUAAAGAAUCGAUAGGAAUCGAAUUCGAAAUGAGGAAUCGAAAUCGGAAUCGGAAUCGUUCAAAAUCAAACGAUACCCAACCCUAGUAUUGUGACUUAAAAUAGUUAUUUAGAUAUAAUAAUAUUUUAAGUAAGCUGUGGACUCUCUCUCGUACCCUGUAAUUAAUGGUUCCUUUUGUUUAAGUUUAACCAAAAUUUGACUUUACGGUCUUAAUGUUUUUGUCCUUAUUAUGACUGUGGCCAUUGACGAACAGGUAGCCAAUGUAAUGUCAGCUAGCUAGGCGUUAAUGUGCCGGCCUUUUUUGUAGGUAAACUUAAGUCUGACACAUCAGGUAACACAUGAACAGAAACAGAGCCAAUCUUGUCAUAGCUGGAGGAAGGUCUGACCGCAACAUCAGACACAUAAAAAAAAAAAAAAUGCCAAGGGCAGUUACAUAAUUCACCAAGCUUUCGAGUCUGGGCGCGUAACACAAUGCACACAUCAGUGGAGGGAUUUUCUGCCACCUCCAGUGAUGAGGGUAACAUCCUGCCAUGUAAACACAAAACUACUGUGCUUGGGCGUGUAAAAGGUCAUCUAUCCCUCAAAUCCCUCAGUUCAUUUUUAAGAGCUGUGGUAAAGAAUGGGGAAUCAUUGUUGGGCCUUCAAAGAGUUCGGAGCACAUUUUUCAGCACGUUAUGCUCUUGAAAAAAGUUCAAAGGCGUUAAUUUCAGUUUGCAAGGCUACACCUGCAAGAGUGAUUUGACUGUACAGUUGUUUCUUUUCUCGAUAACUCACCACAUCCUUCACUCCAAAACCACAGAGAAGGAAGGUUUUCUUUCUGUCUGUGGGAAAGAACCAAACAUAGUACCUGACAUGCUUUAUCUGCUGUUACGGAGCUCAAAUUCUCAUUUUAGUUAAAGUUUAAUCCAAGUUUCAGAAGAUUGUUUCUUUUGAGUGAUCAAUAACAAUGGGUUGGCCUCUGCGUAUUCGCCCUGGAUGUAUGAACAACACAAAAACAGGAUAGAUUGAGACUCUUCCCUCUUUAGAAAUAGAAAACAAAAGAAUUUUCACACUUCCUUAAAUGUCUGAAUUGUUUUUUUGUCCUUCAUUCAUAAAGAGAGCUCAUAACAUGAACCUCCGUCACCAGAGGCUGGGAGGUAAAGGAACUAAAGGACAUAAUUAUAAAUAUAAUUAUGCAUGUUUGGUUUCAUGACGUCAUUUUGGUUCCCUAAAAUAACAUCCCACCAAAACUGAAUGGAGAUUUAUUGAAUUGAGUAAACUGUGUAAAUGUUAAACCCCAUUGCUAGAGCUAGAUUAAAUAUUAAAGAUUAUUUAAGAUUUGAAUCAAUGUUAUGAUGUUAUGGGCUGUUAAAUAUCUGCAGAUGUACUCUGGAUAAUAUUUGACAUCUAACAGAUUAUUUCAGCUCUUUUUGUGUUUGAGGCGUCAACCGCCGAAAAUGUCAAACAUGAGUACAGGUAUGUAACAGUGUUAAACAGAGUUUGGUGGCUUAAGUCCAUGUAAAUUGAGACUCACUUAACAUAACAAACAGAACUUUUUAUACCUCACAAUAACCUGGUAUACCACAGUCAGUCUCUCUGCCUCAGUCAGUCUCUCGGGUGGUUGUGUUUAAGUGAAUGAGGGCCACAGGAAGAAAGAUUUAGGUCAGAAUGUUUUUUUCUAACUCGUGACUUUUUUUUCUCAGAAUUCAAACUUAAAACUCAGAGUACAAAGAAUAAAUCAGAAUUCUCAGAAAAAAAUGUAAAAAUUCAGAGUUUAAAAUCAGAGUUCUCACACUUUUCUCAGUUUCUGACAGAAAGAAGUCAGAAUCCUGACUUCUUUUAAUCUCAGUUUUUAUGCUUCUCAUACCUGGAAAAGACAACCAGAAAAUAUCUAGUCAGGUAAAAGUCCUCUGUUUAAUCAGUUAAGACUCUGUGUUUAAAGCUGCCUUUGCUAAGAUUAUAUUUAUGCCCAUCCUCAUUUUUAUUAGACAAAUUUGCUCUGUAACUUUAUACUUUCAUUUUACAACUGUACUUUACUGUAUUUUAACCUUGCAUUUUAAUUUGUGUUUAUUUUCUUGUUUCUUGCUUUGAUUUUCAACAUCUUUUAUCAAUUGAAAAUGUUUCAUAAUGUAUUUUCUCUGAACCUUUUAAUGACUCUUUCAGUGUCUUGUGUGAAGCACUUGAAAUUGCCUUGACGUUUAAUUAUGCUACCCUGCUUUGUCUGAUAACUACCUAAAAACUCAUGACAAGAGCUUUGAGGCCACUAUGUUUGUCAUGAUGAAUAAAUACUUUUCCUUUAGUCUGACUUUUGAUGAACAUAAUUGUCAUGCAUCAUCCUCACAACAAAAAAGGGAAACUUUUAUGUUAAUAUCUCAUUGGAUUUUCUUUUACUAUAUCAAGGAAGCAGUGAUAUGGAUAAUGCAAGAGAUAAUGAAUCUAUAGCCUGUGAUGGCAUCCUUUUGCAUUGUGCUAUGCCACACGAGAAAUGUUUAAUGUGUGUAAAACACAGCUUUCAGUUUUUGCAGAGAGUUAGUAGAAAUAAUUUUAAGAACAUUAGGGACAUCGGUCAACAGGCUCACACGGCACUUUUCAUAAGAGCUUUACAGUGAUUUAAAAAUAUUGGACACAAAAAACAAAUAGAUUUAGAAGAAACUAAUUCACUUAUAAGCAAGUACACAAAAGAGUUGCAAACAAGUUAAAUCAUCAGAAUCAUAAUGGGCAUAUGAAUAGUUGAAAUAAUGACAAGAAACGUUAAGACAAAUUAUUAUGAAUAAAAGGACAAAAAUUCUAAAUCAAAGGUUAACAAUAGAUAAAAACAGAAGGAUUCAAAGCAUUAUAACAAAUAAAAAGGAGAUAAUUUUACAAAAAAAGCCUGACUGAAUAUAUAUAUUUUCAGUUUAUUUGAAAAUGUCUCAGUAUUUCAGCCCCUCUUAGAUCCUUUGCUCAUCAUUUAUCACUCAUGUAUAUUUUUAAUGUACUUUUGUCAAACAAAAGACAUAAGAGUUAACAGUUUUUGUCUUGGCAGAUUUGGAGAGCGGGAUUAGGACAGAGUCAGGCUAAUUUUCGCCUUUGUUUUCAAUCUUUAUGCGUAGCUAUACUAACUGGCUGCUUUUACUUGCUUCAUUUUGCUUUACAACAUGUUCAUAAUCUUCAGCUUCUCCUCUGACUUUUCUUAAGAAAGCUCAUAAAGAAGAUUCUAAAAUAUUGAACUUUUCCUUUUAUAAGCUGUACUUUAUCUUUAUAACUGAAGCCAAAGCAUGUACAUGAAGAUUAAAUUUUAUUUAUCAAAACUAUAAAAGCUUUGUGUAAAUCAUACAUUUCUGUUUUCUGCAAUUUGAGAGUAAAUGUAUUUAAGCUCCUUAAACUUGCGAUUUCAUCACUUCAUUCUGAGAAAAACAAGCUUCACAUUGCAGUUUUCAAUAAAGCUUAGAAACCAUUUUUGCCUAAAAAGAAGACUUUUUGACAGCUUUGAAACCAUCACGUGACUUCCUGAAGAUACUGUCUCGAAACCACAGGCUGUAAAUAUCUUCAAAAUCAUUUCAUCAGGAUGUCAACUCUUUGUGAAGAAGAGUCACUUUGACAAACUGAAAAAGGUCUUAUUUUAGACUCUGCGUGUUUUACUUUUCCCACAGAAUCUCUUGUCCUGGACUCUGAUUGUCUCUUCACUUCUUUCUGCAUUCCUCUCUGACUCUUCAGCUGAUCCUGAUGGAGGCCAAAGGAAAAUACGAGUUCAACGCAACAGCAGACGACGAGCUCAGCUUUAAGAAGGGAGAUAUACUGAAGGUCAGUGACUGUCUAAUUUCUUCUAAUAAUUUCACUUCUAAUUUCACUUCUAAUUUUGUCAUCGUUCCUCCAAAAAUAGGUUUAAUUUAAUGUUGUUGUUUUUUCAUACAGAUUUUAAGCUCACAGGAUGAAUGGUACAAAGCAGAGAUAAAUGGACAAAUAGGGUUUGUUCCUCAGAAUUACAUCGAGAUGAAAACUCCAAGGUUAGAAACAUUUCAACUUCUUGAAACUAAAAGUAUUAGAAGGAGUGAGAUGCUUUGUUUGUCAUGAAAGCCAGAUAAGUUAAUGCUUAAAAUGUGCAUUUUUCUUGUAUUUGGAAGCUAAAGGGCAGAAAAAACAUUUUAGGACAAAUCCAGCUGCUAGGAUUGCAGAUAAAACUCAAAUUAAAAAAGAAAAAAGGUCGACUUGUGUAAACUGUAAGAGGGAAUCUAAUUGUUUAAAUUAUAUAUAUACCAGCAUAUUCUCUGGCACUUCCUGUGGGUUUGACGUGUGUUUACAUCAGAAAAGGGUAAUAUCUCCUCUGUGUGUAUGUGUGUGUGUGUAGGUGGUUUCAGGAGGAUGCAAGUCGCGGUGCAGCAGAGGAGCUCCUCAGAUACAAAGACGUUGGCGACUUUGUGAUCAGAGGGUGUCAGAGUUCGCCCGGAGACUUCUCCAUCUCCGUAAAGUGAGUCAGGACGAGUGGGCGUCUGAAAUAUGAACUGAUAUGAAACUAUUCUGUUGAUCAGAAAUGCAUCAGGAAACAUGAUCGGUCUGUUUGUACAUGAAGAAUAGUCUUAGAGGAACUUCAGAUCCAACAGAAAUCCAGCCCAAGAAACUUAAAACUCCUGUAGGGAGUUUUUUAGCUGCUUAUGAAACAAACAUUAACGCCUCUUUAUGAGCUAGAAAAGCCAACAAGACCGACAGCAACAAGGAUGACCUUUUCUUUGUUACACUUUUAAUGCCUGUGACCACUUUGAGGGGGGAGGUGUCAAAGCAGAACUCAGAGAAACAGGCUUUUUUAAACAGUGAGUAACAAUUUUAACUGCCAAAGGAAAACACGACAAGAACUUAAUUCUUGGUACAUUUUUAAUGUCUUGUUGCUAAUAAAAAAAGUGUCCCAUUAAGACAAAUCAAAUCCAGAAAAGAGUCUUAUCUCAUGAUCUUGCUCACCAAAAAUAUAAAUUGAAGUGCUUGUAAUGGAAGAAAAAAAUAAGAAAGUAUAUCUAAAUAGAGUCAAUUGAAAUGAGAAUUUGAGAAUUUUACAUAUUACAAGCAAUUCAGGGCAGAUUCUUGUUAUGCAGCAUCUUAAAAUACAACAUUUUCUGGGCUUUUCCAUUAAAUGAGGCUUAAAUUAAACCUAAUAUGGAGCAUUCAGGGCAACAGCAAAGCUACAUCUUCUUUUAACUUUAUAAUGAUCCUGCAAAUCACUGCAGUGUAUCACAACAAAUAUUACAUCUCAGUCUAAAACAGACAUACUACGGGUUAAACUCAAAUGACAAUGAAUGAUGAUGAAAUAUAUAUUUUCAUUUUGCUAUAUGAAUGAAAAAAUAAGUUCAUUUUAUGUUGUUUGUAUGUUUAUUAAUGUAUUUCUUGUUUUUUUACUCAUUGUGUCAACCUUAUUUGGUUCUGUUCUGCUUUCUUUCCUGUUUUUGCUUUUUUUUAUCACAAUAUAAUUAUUAAUUCAGGGUCAGUUAGUGGUUUUGUAAAAAAAAAAAAAUUAAUAAGAAACGAGGUUGAAAUCGGGUUAACCUUAUUAUCAAGACUAGUAAAACAGUUUUCCCCCUCUGAAUGCUUCAUUGACACAAGUAAACCGUCACUCAUGUUGUCACCCUAAUUUUUACUGCAAAGUGCUGCAAACUCUGCAGACUCUUUGCAAGAUCAGAGACAGGAACCAGCUGCAGAUGCAGAGGAAGAGUGAGCAGUCAGCUUAUCAGGGUGUUGCUGUAGACAUCAAAUCUGCAGCCUGUGCAGAGUAGUGAACAGCCUUUAACACUAAGAUCUCUGUUUUUAUCAUGUUGUUACUGAUCUGCACAGCCUAAGAGAAUAGAGUCUUGAAGAAAGGCUGUUAAAAAGAAAAAGAAAGGCAAUUGGAUUAGAUCAGGUGACCCAGUUUUGGCUUUACCGCAGCAUUACUAACUUAUGUUUAGUUCAGACGUGUGUUGUUUAAACUUUUGAGUAAGUUAGAUUUUUGUAAAAAUCAGAAUUACUCUGAUCCCAGAAUGAAAUUUUCAAACUGUUCAACAAAAACAAUUUUUUAAAUGCUUUUCUGAGCUGCUCUGGAUUGUUGAAUCAGACUGAUUUAAUUCAUUUCAUCCCUGAAAAAAUCGAGUGAAAGUUGACCAGAUUACCUGGUUGAAAAAAGUUGAUAACCGAAUCUGAAUGAACCAGAUCUUGAUCAAACAUUUUGAACAACCAGGCUGUCAUAGCCUCCAUUGCAGUCCUUAAAAUGGAACCGACUCCUCUGUCUGACCCUCGUCUUGUAGUUCUCUUCUCUGACCAGCAGAGGGCGAUCCAGCAGAGCAAACAGCUGAUCCUUAGGACUGAGGAAGCAUCUUCACAUGAUCAGGUGAAUUAAAACCUUGGUAUAAAAUUUACUCUGUGUCUGUUUCCUUCUCUUACAUAGACAUGAGAGUGACGUUCAGCACUUCAAAGUGAUGAAGGAUAAUAAAGGGCAGUACUUCCUGUGGUCGGAGAAGUUCACCUCCCUCAACAAGCUGGUGGAGUAUUACAAAACCGUAUCCAUCUCAAAAACCAGAGCGAUCUACCUGAACGACGGCAGCUUAGACAGCAGGAGCCCGGCCCCGGCCCAGUCGGUGAGAGAUGUUUAGUUUGAUCCUGAAGAUCAUCUGAGAUUUGUUCUUUAGUAUAACUCAAGGAGAAAAAAGGGCACAUCACAGAAAGUCUCUCAGGUGUUUAAAAAAGCUUUUUAUUUUUUGUUUGUUUAUUUGGGAACAUUACCAUCUUUCCAACCAUUUCCAUCUUACCUGAUGUCCCACCCACAUCACAAUCUAAUUGGUUAAAUGACACACAAUUGUUGAACCAGACUGCACUAAGUGUAACCAGUUAACUGUGAACACCAGAAUAAGAUGUUAAAUGUUUCUUAUUUAAUUAUUGGUGAAAGACUUUAAAGCCAAGUAUUGUGAUGGAAUUAUUAACACUCAAGAUUCGGAAUUAUGACAGUUUUUCUUUUUUAACAACAGUGCUUGAACUCCUAGUAAUUAGUGUUAGAAUUUGCCCUAUGGAACCAAUAUUGCUCCACCCCUAAUUUAGUUGACAUCAGGGAGGUAAAUAGCAAACAGAAGGGGUCCCAUCACAGAGCCCUGGGGUACACCGUUGACAGGAAAUGGCUGGGAUUUGGAGGUUUUGAGUUGAAUAAAUUGCCUCCAGAACAAUAAGAUUGAAACUAGUAAGUUAAUCUUUGUUUCCUCCCUUUAGGUGAAGAGAGGGAGUUUACCUGAACACCGUGGCACACCUGCUCCUGCACCUUCACAACGCAGAGCAUCAGAUCAGCCUCACAACCAGCUGGUACUUUGAUUUUGCAUUUCAAACAGUUUCACUGUUUUUCCCAACAUUUUACCCGAGUACUCAUGAAUUUUUAAUGUUUAUAAUAAUAAUAAUCUUCAUUUAUAGAGCGCUUUUUAAAUCCAUUACCAAGUGCUUUGCAAGGCAGGAAAUUUGACAACAUAUUUAGAGGGAUAAGCCAACUUGGAACAUAAGACCAACACCAUAUUUAAGGAAAACAAAAUCAGGUCACUAAAAAAGAUAUUUCAGGUUAAGUAAAAUCAGAAGCUUCUUAAAUAAGUGCACCAACCUAAUUUCUUAGGGCAGAUCACUCCAGGGCUUCAGUGCCUGGACUUAAAACACUCUGUUCCUCCUUGUUUUUAGCCGAGUGUCUGAAACGGUAAGAAAGCCUUUCCCUGCGGACCAUAGUGUACCAUAAGAAGGUUGGUGAUCUAACUUGGGAGGAGACUGAUAAGAGCUUUAAAAGUAAUAAAUAAGAUCUUAAAAGUCAAUCCUAAAACCAGCCAUCUGCUGGGACCCAAGAACAAGAAUUUAAGUUUUACUGGAAACAUUUCACCGAAGGAAAUUUCAGACAUCCAGUUUUUUCGUCAUUUAUACAGUCAUGCAGUGCAGUCAAUGACCCAUUUUAGAAUGUUAACAGUAAUAUGCUCUCAUGCUGAUUAAUACAUAAACACUCUGAACCAGGAAGCAAAAAAACUCAGGUGUUACUGCUAACUUGAUACAUUUAUAUAUGUGUUUUUAUUUUCUCAUCUGCUCUUAUGAGUUAAAAUACUUUUUUUUUUCUUCUGACCCAAAGCCUAUACCGAUAUAAACCCAAGGUGUCUCAUAUUUAAGUGAGUAAGACUCACUGUAUUUAUCGUCUUCAGGCUAAGAGAGCAGGUCUGGAGGAGCGAGCUCACACCAUUGGUCACACAGGAAGAAGCAGCCCCAUUAACACUGGUGUGCCUCUACGCCGCCAAUCUGACACCAUGCCCCUCCCACAGGUCAGUACACCAAACUCCAGUCUGAUCUAAUAAUGGAAAAACCCAUCAUAUAUACUGAACUCAUACACUGCAGAGGUUCAAAUUGGUUCAAAUUGAGAUAUUCAGUCUUUAAUUGACAGAGAAAAACUGAUCCAACAGUCUUAACUGAUUAUUGGCGGUUAUUAAAGGUUUAUUAAAGCAUUAACUUUUUUAUCUUUUUAGUGAAGUCCAAAUUUUGGAUAAUUUUAGAUCUAAAAAUUUAAAAUAAAUGCCUUCAAUCCACAUUUUCAGAUUCUGGGUCAUGAACGUCUGUUAGUCUAUCUAAAGCUUGAUUUAUUUGCCUCAAAAUUUGUAGUUUUUACACUCAAUUUUGGACUUUUGAUCCUUCAAUUUGCCCCUUAAACAACAAUUUACAGCAUGAUAGACCUCUGAAACAUGACAGAAUUUAUUUGUAGAAUUAAAGAAGAUGAGGAAAAGCAGAAUAUUUUCUUAGACAUAAAGCAAAAAAACAUACCACAAAAUGAUAAACCAAGUAGUGAUUGUGACCCUGGAGGUCAGCUGUACAAAUAUCUUUGCUGUAUGUGAAAAUUUUACUGAAUGAAAAUAAACAUUUCAUCAAAAGUUUUUACAAACUGAAAAAAUAUAUCCCAGAUAAUUAACUUCCGUGGUAGAAAAAAAUGUUCAAUGAGACUCAAAGAUUUAUGGGCCAAAAUAUUUUUGAGUACAAAAACUUUUCACAAAAAUCAAUUUCUUACAAAAUCACAAGAGACACGACAUGUUUUUAAAUUUUGACAUGUUCUUGCAGUUUUGUGAAACGCAUGCGUUUUCCAAAAAAUAUUCAUUUGGUAGAAUUAGUUUGCAGUUUGCACUGUGAUUUUAGUUUGGUGAAAUGUUUUUGGGGUUCACUGACAUUUUUUUGUGCUCAUAAAAUGUUUGUGCAGUCGUCCUUCAGGGCCACAAUCUACAACAGGUUGUAGAAGUUCCUACUAUCCAGUGAUGAAAAUUUAGAAUAUUUGUUGAAAGAUUUCAAAAAUUCUUGAAGGUUCAUGGUUUGAUAAAUUAAAUUAUUAUAAAACGUCAGUACUGCGUAUGUCUUUAAAACUUGUUGUACAGUAUAAUUCAUUGAGCUUUGCGGUGUUAAUGCUGGCUGUUUUCUCCUCCGUCCCACAGAGGGCGUCCUCUCUGCAGGUCAGAGCGCUCUAUGAUUUCACCGCAGAAGAAGACGAUGAGCUCGGGUUCUGCGCCGGCGACAUCAUUGAGGUGCUGGACCGCUCCGACCCCUCCUGGUGGAGAGGACGUCUGCGGGGGAAGAGCGGGCUUUUUCCCGCCAACUACACUGAACCCUCAAGUAAAAACCUCUGACAGUGACUGCGAAGUUGAACCUUCACUCAGACACAUCAGCUCUGAAUGUGUGUGACAAAAACUGAGCAGUCAGGAACUCAGUUCUGAUCUCAGGAUUUAAAGGACUCAGAGUCAGUUUGUCUCUUAUUGAAUAUUAUCUCUCAUUACUGUGGUUGGUUCAGAUUUGUGCGUCAUUUACCCAAAGCUGCCUCUCUAAAAAAAAACUUUUUCUAACAUGUUUCAUGCUUGUUUGACACACAGGACCUGCUGCAGGUGGCAAACAGCAAUAAUUUACCUUUUUUUUCCUUCUUCUUUCUGGCAGACAGUGUUUUUCUGUUUCGCUUUGGCUUUCAUCCAACUAUUUCUGCUGGGAAAAUGGAAUACUUUUUAUAUGACUGUCCUGCAGUUUUCUGAACAAGUUGAAGUGCCUGACAUUAAUCUGUUACUUCCUCACAGGUAACUUGGAAGGAAAUAAAAUAAUUUUAUACCAGCUGUUUUUACAGUCAUAAACUUUAACCUGCAUAAUAACCAAAUUUUUCUUUGAUUUUUCUUUCUGUGAGGUAUUUUUUCAGUGACAUCUUUUCUUUUUGAACCCUGCAUCAAAUUCAUAUAGUGAUCUCUGUGGUUAUUUUAGAAGGCUGUUUAAACUAUGUGAUGAAAACCAACAUAAAGAAAAAGAACCUUUAAAAUCAAAGCUCUCAUUAAGCCUGCUCAUCACUGAAAGAUGUAAAUUCAACAAGGCCAAAAAGUCACCAAUUAUAUUUUACAUUUCAUUAUGUUAGUCUGAGGCAGCUUUGCAUGACUUCCUACUCAAGUGUUUGUGGUAACCUUCAACAGAGUGCAAACAAAGUUAGACAGAGCUUGUGGGUGUUACUUUUCGCACAGUAUUGUAGCAACAAAAUGAUCCCAAAGUUGCCUUGAUGUUACCAAACUAGCUCCAUGUUAUACAUCAGCAUUUAUUAAAGCUUUUGGUUUAUGUCCACCCCCUGUGGACAAUGCAGUUUUUGCUUAUUUCAUUUUUUAAAUGAGCAAGUAGUGUUGGUUUGCAAAAAUCUCAUCCUGCUGACUUUUUGCAGUGAAAUAUAUCACUUGAUGUGAAUAUUUUGUCUGUAAAUUGUAAAAUCAGGACUGAUCCUUCAGCUGGUCAGCUGACAUCUACCCUCGACAGUGCUUUCAGGCAUCAAAAGAGACAACAUGCAAAUGACAGACUUGUCACUUAUCGCCUGGUUUGUUUUGGGGUUAUAUGAAUUUAAUCUCAUUCCAGUAACGUCAAUAAAAACUCCUCACUGGAGCUUUAAAUUA